UGCCGUGAAGAUUGCAAUGAAGAAGCUCGCCCACCCACUUGUCGUCAAUGCCUGGAACCAUGGAAAAUCUUUCUCAUUUGUGGCUUGAUGUGCGCCAUCGCCACUGCCGUUGGAGUCCUGACCACCGUGUUUGUUUUAAAGGACCGAUUUCCAACAAACAACAAUGGAAAUACAGAAGAUCCCAGCGUGCAGACUACAGCCCCCUCCACAACACAGUCCAGUGAUCUGAGAACGUGCUUGGAAUAUGUUUUUUCUCUCUCGAAAAUAAAGAAUGAGACGUUUGAAGGAGGUGGGAUCCAAUGUGCGAAAUACAGAGAGAACCAGUUGAAUUAUACAAGUUUAGAAGCGCUUAUUUUUGGAACAUCCAUCCAUAACCAUCAAGCUGGAAUAUCCUUAUGUAUUUUAUAUCUAAAACCCGGAGGGCUACGUGUCCCCCACUGGAAUCUGCAGGCCAAUGUUCAUGGGUUUGUCAUCCAGGGAACAGUGUGGGUCGGAAUAAUAGAAGGAGGAAAGGAAUCAAAUAUAAGUGCCAAUGUUGUGACAUUCACCGUUACAUGUGGCCAGGUGUUCUUUGUGCCCAGGCUCAGCAUACAAUGGAUAAAGAAUAUUGGGAACACAGAGGCCACUGUGGCUCUUUAUUUUUCAACUUCUGAGGAAUUUUUCACCACCGAGCUGGACGUGUCUUUUUCUGAAACCGAUAAGGAUAUACUGACGAGGACACUCAGGCCCCUGUCUGGAGUGGAUUUCAUUCAAGCUUUGAAACCUAAUAUUUCCCAACCUCAAAUUAUUACUCUGGGUCCUGUCAUUGGAGAAUACCCCCAAUCUCCACGUAACACAGUCUGGAAGUACUUUUUGGAUAUGGAAGGUGAAAUCAAAUUAGUGUAUAACAAUAUAGUAACAACCUGGGCUCGGUACUAUGAUAACGCUACAAGACCGACUCAAAAUAGCAUCACAUACGGCAAUUCCAUAUUCUCGUAUCCAAAUACACUUAGCUUGGGAGUGGUGACCCUAAAGCCAUUUGGCCUCCUGGGACCAUAUUAUAAUCUAAAUGCACAUGAAAUGGCCUAUGUACUCAAAGGUUGUGGAAAGGUAGCUAUCUCUGGCACAGAAUGUGAUGUUGGUGAAGGGGAUGUGAUCUAUUUCCCUAUCGGGCUCCCUCAUUAUUUAAAAAAUACCUGUGAUGGAGACUUCAUAUUGAUUAGAGCUUUCAGCAUACCUGGAGAGGUAGAAAUGUUGUUUAUGGAUUAUUAUUUUCUCACCAUACCAGCAAACAUCAUUGCUGAGCUCUUCUAUCAAAAAGAAAGUAUUUUUGGACAACUUCCUGCUAUCAGAUAUAAUGUUACCUAUUUGUUUUACUAUGGAAAUAUUUGCAUUGUGCAACCUGGAACUCCAAAGACAACAUCAGCCGGCCCAACAAUGAAAACAACCACAGCAGCAACCAUUUCUUCUAAAACUACUAACGGAGGUCCAGUAAAACCUGUGAGGACUACAACAGUACAAAGUACAACUAAAACACCAUCCUCAACAAUACCAUUUACUACAGUAACCAAACCUGUUAUCACAAGCUCCACAUUAACCACUACAACAACAGCUUCUAGUUCCGCUACUGCAUUACCUACCUCAGUACCACCGUUUUCUACAUCUACUACAACUAGAACAAAGCCACUCUCCACAACUAUGACAGAAUCCACCAUCAUUACUAAACUACCCACCUCAGCAACACAGAUGUCUACAGAAACACCAACUACUACAACACAUACAACAGCACCUGUUACCACCACAUUAACUCCCUCAACAACUUUAACUACAAUUACACCAACAAAUACAACCCGAAGAAUGACUACAACCACACCUGUUACCACCAAAACAAUUCCCUCAACAACACAAGUGACUACAGUACCAUCAACUAUCACAAGAGUCCCCACCACAGCUGCAAAACCUGUUACAACCACAACAAUCUCUUUAACAACGCAGACUACUACAGUAACGCCGACUACUACAACUGCCCCUACAACAACACCUGUCUUAACUACAACAAUUUCCUCAACAACACAGGUCACUACAGUACCAUCAACUAUCACAACAGUCCCCACCACAACUACAAUACCAUUUAGGACCACAACCAUCCCAUCAACAACACAAACUACUAUGGUACCACCAAGUAUGACAACUGCCACUGCAACAAUACCUUUCAUAACUGCAACACUUCCCUUAACAAAACAGGAGACGACAGUACCAUCAACUACCACAACAGUCCCCACAACAGCAACAACACCUUUUACCACCACAACAAUUCCCUCAACAAUACAGACUACUACAGCAACAUCAACUAUUACAACUUCCCCUACAACAGCACCCAUUAUAACCACAACAACUCCCUCAACAACACAGGUGAUGACAGUAACUUACACAACAGUCCCCACCACAGUUACAUCAACACCUGUUACCACCACAACAAUACCAACUAGUACAACUGCUCCUACAGCAACACCCGUCAUAACGACAACUCCCUCAACAACACAGGUGACGACGGUAACACCAACUACCACAACAGUCCCCACCACAACUACAUCAACACCACUUAUCACCACAACAAUCCCCUCAACAAUAGAGACUACUACAAUAACACCAACUGCCACAACAGUCCCCACCACAGCUACAACAACACCUGUUAUCACCACAACUAUCUCCUUAACAACACAUACUACUACAGUAACACCAACUAGUUCAACUGCCCCUACAACAACACCUGUCAUAACCACAACAACUCCCUCAACAACACAUGUGAUGACAGUAACACCAACUACCACAACAGUCCCCACCACAGCUACAUCAACACUUGUUACCACCACAACAAUACAGCCUACUACAGUAACACCAACUAGUACAACUGGUCCUACACCCGUCAUAACCACAACAACUCCCAUAACAACACAGGUGACAACGGUAACACCAACUACCACGACAGUCCCUACCACAGCUACAACAACACCUGUUAUCACCACAACUAUCCCCUCAACAACACAGACUACUACAGCAACACCACCUAGUACAACUGCCCCUACAACAACACCUGUCAUAACCACAACAACUCCCUCAACAACACAGGUGACUACAGUAACACCAACUACCACAACAGUCCCCACCACAGCUACAUCAACACCUGUUACCACCACAACAAUACAGACUACUACAGUAACACCAACUAGUACAUUUGCCCCUAUAACACCUGUGAUAACCACAACAAUUCCCUCAACAACACAGUCUACUACAGUAACACCAACUAGUACAACUGCUCCUACAACAACACCCAUCAUAACCACAACAACAACUCCCUCAACAACACAGGUGAUGUCAGUAACACCAACUACCACAACAGUCCCCACCACAGCUACAUCAACACCUGUUACCACCACAACUAUCCCCUCAACAAUAGAGACUACUACAGUAACACCAUCUAGUACAACUGCCCCUACAACAACACCCGUCAAAACCACAACAAUUCCCUCAACAACACUGUUGACUACAAUAACACCAACUACCACAACACUCCUCACCACAGCUACAACACCUGUUACCACCACAACAAUCCCCCCAACAACACAGACUACUACAGUAACACCGACUAGUACAACUGCCCCUACAACAACACCUGUCAUAACCACAACAAUUCCCUCAACAACACAGGUGAUGUCAGUAACACCAACUACCACAACAGUCCCCACCACAGCUACAUCAGCACAUGUUACCACCACAACUAUCCCCUCAACAAUAGAGACUACUACAGUAACACCAACUAGUACAACUGCUCCUACAACAACACCAACCAUAACCAGAACACCUCCCUCAACAACACAGGUGACGACAGUAACACCAACUACCACAACAGUCCCCACCACAGCUACAUCAACACCUGUUACCACCACAACAGAACAGACUACUACAGUAACACCAACUAGUACAUCUGCCCCUACAACACCUGUUACCACCACAACUAUCUCCUCAACAACACACACUACUACAGUAACACCAACUAGUACAACUCCCCUUUCAACAACACCUGUCAUAACCACAGCAUCUCCCUCAACAACACAGGUGACUACAGUAACACCAACUACCACAACAGUCCCCGCCACAGCUACAUCAACACCUAUUAUCACCACAACAAUCCCCUCAACAAUAGAGACUACUACAAUAACACCAACUAGUACAACUGCCCCUACAACAACACUAGUCAUAACCACAAUUCCCCCAACAAUACAGGUGACUACAGUAAAACCAACCACCACAACAGUCUCCACCACAGCUACAUCAACACCUAUUAUGACCACAAAAAUCCCCUCAACAAUACAGACUACUACAGUAACACCAACUAGUAUUACUGUCCCUACAACAACACCUGUCAUAACCACAACAACCCCCUCAACAACACAGGUGAUGACAGUAACACCAACUACACCAACAGUCCCCACCACAGCUACAUCAGCACCUGUUAACACUACAACAAUCCCCUCAACAAUAGAGACUACUACAGUAACACCAACUAGUUCAACUGCUCCUACAACAACACCCGUCAUAACCACAACAACACAGGUGACGACAGUAACACCAACUACCACAACAGUCCCCACCACAGCUACAACACCUGUUACCACCACAACAAUUCCCUCAACAACACAGAUGACUACAGUAACACCAUCCACCACAACAGUCCCCCCCACCACAGCUACAUCAACACCUAUUAUUACUACAACAAUCCCCUCAACAAUAGAGACUACUACAGUAACACCAACUAGUACAACUGCUCCUAAAACAACACCCGUCAUAAUCACAACAACUCCCUCAACAACACAGGUGACGACAGUAACACCAACUACCACAACAGCCCCCAUCAUAGCUACAUCAACACCUGUUACCACCACAACAAUACAGACUACUACAGUUACACCAACUAGUACAACUGCCCCUACAACAACACCUGUCAUAACCACAACAACCCCCUCAACAACACAGGUGACAACAGUAACACCAACAACCACAACAGUCCCCACCACAGCUACAACAACACCUGUUACCACCACAACUAUCCCCUCAACAACACAGACUACUACAAUAACACAAACUAGUACAACUGCCCCUACAACAACACCUGUCAUAACCACAACAGCUCCUUCAACAAAACAGUUAACCACAGUAACACCAACUUCCACAACAGUCCCCACCACAGCUACAUCAACACCUGUUACCGCCACAACAAUACAGACUACUACAGUAACACCAACUAGUACAACUGCCUCUACAACAACACCUGUGAUAACCAGAACAACCCCCUCAACAACACAGGUGACGACAGUUACACCAACCACCACAACAGUCCCCACCAUAGCUACAACACCUGUUACCACAACAACUAUCCCCUCAACAACACAGACUACUACAGUAACACCAACUAGUACAACUGCCCCUACAACAACACCUGUCAUAACCACAACAGCUACUUCAACAACACAGGUGACGACAGUAACACCAACUUCCACAACAGUCCCCACCACAGCUACAUCAACACCUGUUACCACCAAAACAAUACAGACUACUACAUUAACACCAACUAGUACAACUGUCCCUACAACAACAUCUGUCAUAACCACAAUUCCCUCAACAACACAGGUGACUACAGUAACACCAACUACCACAACAGUCCCCACCACAGCUACAACACCUCUUUCCACAACAAUUCCCUCGACAACACAGGUGAUUACAGUAACACCAACCACCACAACAGUCCCCACCACAGCUACAUCAACAACUAUUAUCACUACAACAAUACCUUCAACAAUUGAGACUAUUACAGUAACACCAACUAGUACAACUGCCCCUACAACAACACCUGUCAUAACAACAACAACCCCCUCAACAACACAGGUAACGACAGUAACACCAACUACCACAACAGUCCCCACCACAGCUACAUCAACACCUGUUACCGCCACAACAAAACAGACUACUACAGUAACUACAACUGUCCCUACAACAACACCUAUCAUAACCACAAUUCCCUCAACAACACAGGUGACUACAGUAACACCAACUACUACAACAGUCCCCACCACUACAUCAACACCUGUUAUCACCACAACAAUCCCCUCAACAAUAGAGACUACUACAGUAACACCAACUAGUACAACUGCCCCUACAACAACACCUGUCAUUACCACAACAAUUCCCUCAACAACACAGGUGACUACAGUAACACCAUCUACCACAACAGUCCCCACCACUGCUACAUCAACACCUGUUACCGCCACAACAAUACAGACUACUACAGUAACACUAACUAGUACAACUAUCCCUACAACAACACCUGUCAUAACCACAACAAUUCCCUCAACAACACAGGCGACGACAGUGACACCAACUACCAUAACAGUCCCCACCGCAGCUACAACACCUGUUACCACCACAACAAUUGCCUCAACAACACAGGUGACUACAGUAACACCAACAACCACAACAGUCCCCACCACAGCUACAUCAACACCUAGUAUCACCACAACAAUCCCCUCAACAACACAGACUACUACAGUAACACCAACUAGUACAACUGCCCCUACAACAACAUCUGUCAUAACCACAGCAACCCCCUCAACGACACAGGUGAUGACAGUAACAUCAACUACGACAACAGUCCCCACCACAGCUACAUCAGCACCUGUUACCACCACAACUAUCCCCUCAACAAUAGAGACUACUAUAGUAACGCCAACUAGUUCAACUGCUCCUACAACAAGACCCGUCAUAACUACAACACAGGUGACGACAGUAGCACCAACUACCACAACAGUCCCCACCACAGCUACAACACUUUUAACUACCACAACAAUUCCCUCAACAACACAGAUGAGUACAGUAACACCAAACACCACAUCAGUCCCCACCACAGCUACAUCAACACCUGUUAUCACCACAACAAUCCCCUCAACAAUAGAGACUACUACAGUAACACCAACUAGUACAACUGCUUCUACAACACCUGUCAUAACCACAACAAGCCCCUCAACAACACAGGUGACGACAGUAACACCAACUACCACAACAGUCCCCACCACAGCUACAUCAACACCUGUUACCACCACAACAAUACAGCCUACUACAGUAACGCCAACUAGUACAACUGCCCCUACAACAACACCUGUCAUAACCACAACAAUUCCCUCAACAACACAGGUGACGACAGUGACACCAACUACCACAACAGUCCCCACCACAGCUACAACUCAUGUUACCACCACAACAGUCCCAUCAACAACACAACCUACUACAGUAACGCCAACUAGUACAACUGCCCCUACAACAACAUCUAUCACAACCACAACAACCCCCACAACAACACAGGUGACUACAGUAACACCAACUACCACAACAGUCCCCACCACAGCUACAUCAACACCUAGUAUCACCACGACAAUCCCCUCAACAAUAGAGACUACUACAGUAACACCAACUAGUACAACUGCUUCUACAACACCUGUCAUAACCACAACAAGCCCCUCAACAACACAGGUGAUGACAGUAACACCAACUACCACAACAGUCCCCACCACAGUUACAUCAACACCUGUUACCACCACAACAAUACAGCCUACUACAGUAACGCCAACUAGUACAACUGCCCCUACAACAACACCUGUCAUAACCACAACAAUUCCAUCAACAACACAGGUGACCACAGUGACACCAACUACCACAACAGUCCCCACCACAGCUACAACUCCUGUUACCACCACAACAGUCCCAUCAAAAACACAGCCUACUACAGUAACGCCAACUAGUACAACUGCCCCUACAACAACAUCUAUAAUAACCACAACAACCCCCUCAACAACACAGGUGACUACAGUAACACCAACUACCACAACAGUCCCCACCACAGCUACAUCAACACCUAAUAUCACCACGACAAUUCCCUCAACAAUAGAGACUACUACAGUAACACCAACUAGUACAACUGCUCCUACAACAACACUCAUCAUAACCACAACAAUUCCCUCAACAACACCUAUUAUCACCACAACAAUCCCCACCACAGCUACAUCAACACCUGUUACCACCACAACAAUACACACUACUACAGUCACACCAACUAGUACAUCUGCCCCUACAACAACACCUGUCAUAGCCACAACAACCCCCUCAACAACACCUAUUAUCACCACAACAAUCCCCUCAACAGUAGAGACUACCACAGUAACACCAACUAGUACAACUGCCCCUACAACAACACCUGUCAUAACCACAAUUCCCUCAACAACACAGGUGACUACAGUAACACCAACUGCCACAACAGCCCCCACCACAGCUACAUCAACACCUAUUAUCACCACAACAAUCCCCUCAACAAUAGAGACUACUACAGUAACACCAACUAGUACAACUGCUUCUACAACACCUGUCAUAACCACAACAACCCCCUCAACAACACAGGUGACGACAGUAACACCAACUGCCACAACAGUCCCCACCACAGCUACAUCAACACCUGUUACCACAACAACAAUACAGCCGACUACAGUAACGCCAACUAGUACAACUGCCCCUACAACAACACCUGUCAUAACCACAACAAUUCCCUCAACAACACAGGUGAUGACAGUAACACCAACUAUGACAACAGUCCCCACCACAGCUACAUCAGCACUUGUUACCACCACAACUAUCCCCUCAACAAAAGAGACUACUACAGUAACACCAACUAGUUCAAUUUCUCCUACAACAACACCUGUCAUAACCACAACAACACGGGUGUCAACAGUAACACCAACUACCACAACAGUCCCCACCACAGCUACAACACUUUUUACCACCACAACAAUUCCCUCAACACCACAGGUGACUACAGUAACACCAACCACCACAACAGUCCCCAGCACAGUUACAUCAACACCUAGUAUCACCACAACAAUCCCCUCAACAAUAGAGACUACUACAGUAACACCAACUAGUACAACUGUCCCUACAACAACACCCAUCAUAACCACAACAACACAGGUGUCAACAGUAACACCAACUACCACAACAGUCCCCACCACAGCUACAACACUUUUUACCACCACAACAAUUCCCUCAACACAGGUGACUACAGUAACCCCAACCACCACAACAGUCCCAACCACAGCUACAUCAACACCUAUUAUCACCACAAUCCCUUCAACAAUAGAGACUACUACAGUAACACCAACUAGGGCAACUUCCCCUACAACAACACCUGUCAUAACCACAACAAUUCCCUCAACAACACAGGUGAUGACAGUAACACCAACUAUGACAACUAUCCCCUCAACAAAAGAGACUACUACAGUAACACCAACUAGUUCAACUGCUCCUACAACAACACCUGUCAUAACCACAACAACACAGGUGUCAAAAUUAACACCAACUACCACAACAGUCCCCACCACAGCUACAACACUUUUUACCACCACAACAAUUCCCUCAACACCACAGGUGACUACAGUAACACCAACCACCACAACAGUCCCCACCACAGCUACAUCAACACCUAGUAUCACCACAACAAUCCCCUCAACAAUAGAGACUACUACAGUAACACCAACUAGUACAACUGCCCCUACAACAACACCCAUCAUAACCACAACAACACAGGUGUCAACAGUAACACCAACUACCACAACAGUCCCCACCACAGCUACAACACUUUUUACCACCACAACAAUUCCCUCAACACAGGUGACUACAGUAUCACCAACCACCACACCAGUCCCAACCACAGCUACAUCAACACCUAUUAUCACCACAAUCCUUUCAACAAUAGAGACUACUACAGUAACACCAACUAGUACAACUUCCCCUACAACAACACCCAUCAUAACCACAACAAUUCCCUCAACAACACAGGUGACGACAGUAACACAAACUACCACAACAGUCCCCACCAUAGCUACAUCAACACCUGUUACCGCCACAACAAUACAGACUACUAAAGUAACACCAAUUAGUACAACUGCUCCUACAACAACAUCCGUCAUAACCACAACUCCCUCAACAACACAGGUGACGACAGUAACACCAACUACCACAACAGUCCCCACCACAGCUAUAGCAACACCUAGUAUCACCACAACAAUCCCCUCAACAAUAGAGACUACUACAGUAACACCAACUAGUACAACUGCCCCUACAACAACACCCGUCAUAACCACAACAACUUCCUCAACAACAGCACAGGUGACUACAGUAACACCAACUACCAUAACAGUCCCCACCACAACUACAACACCUCUUACCACUACAACAAUUCCCUCAACAACACAGGUGACUACAUUAACACCAACCACCACAACAGUCCCCACCACAGCUACAUCAACACCUAGUAUCACCACAACAAUCCCCUCAACAAUAGAGACUACUACGGUAACACCAACUAGUACAACUGCCCCUACAACAACACCUGUCAUAAUCACAACAAUUCCCUCAACAACACAGGUGACUACAGUAACACCAACUACCACAACAGUCCCCACUACAGCUACAUCAACACCUAUUAUCACCACAACAAUCCCCUCAACAGUAGAGACUACUACAGUAACACCAACUAGUACAACUGCUCCUACAACAACACUCAUCAUGGCCACAACAACUCCGUCAACAACACAGGUGACGACAGUAACACCAACUACCACAACAGUCCUCACCACAGCUACAACACUUUUUACCACCAUAACAAUUCCCUCAACACCACAGGUGACUACAGUAACACCAACCACCACAACAGUCCCCACCACAGCUACAUCAACACCUAGUAUCACCACAACAAUCCCCUCAACAAUAGAGACUACUACAGUAACACCAACUAGUACAACAACACCCAUCAUAACCACAACAACACAGGUGUCAACAGUAACACCAACUACCACAACAGUCCCCACCACAGCUACAACCCUUUUUACCACCACAACAAUUCCCUCAACAACACAGGUGACUACAGUAACACCAACCACCACAACAGUCCCAACCACAGCUACAUCAACACCUAUUAUCACCACAAUCCCUUCAACAAUAGAGACUACUACAGUAACACCAACUAGUACAACUUCCCCUACAACAACACCCGUCAUAACCACAACAAUUCCCUCAAUAACACAGGUGACGACAGUAACACCAACUACCACAACAGUCCCCACCACAGCUACAUCAACACCUGUUACCGCCACAACAAUACAGACUACUAAAGUAACACCAACUAGUACAACUGCUCCUACAACAACAUCCGUCAUAACCACAACUCCCUCAACAACACAGGUGACGCCAGUAACACCAACUACCAUAACAGUCCCCACCACAGCUACAACACCUCUUACCACCACAACAAUUCCUUCAACACCACAGGUGACUACAGUAACACCAACCACCACAACAGUCCCCACCACAGCUACAUCAACACCUAGUAUCACCACAACAAUCCCCUCAACAAUAGAGACUACUACAGUAACACCAACUAGUACACCUGCCCCUACAACAACACCCGUCAUAACCACAACAACUCCCUCAACAACAGCACAGGUGACUACGGUAACACCAACUACCACAACAAUCCCCACUACAGCUAUAUCAACACCUGUUUCUGCCACGACAAUACACACUACUACAGUCACACCAACUAGUACAACUGCCCCUACAACAACACCUGUCAUAGCCACAACAACCCCCUCAACAACACCUAUUAUCAGCACAACAAUCCCCUCAACAAUAGAGACAACUACAGUAACACCAACUAGUACAACUGCUCCUACAACAACACCCGUCAUAGCCACAACAACUCCCUCAAGAACACAGGUGACGACAGUAACACCAACUACCAUAACAAUCCCUACCACAGCUACAACACCUCUUACCACCACAACAAUUCCCUCAACAACACAGGUGACUACAUUAACACCAACCACCACAACAGUCCCCACCACAGCUACAUCAACACCUAGUAUCUCCACAACAAUCCCCUCAACAAUAGAGACUACUACGGUAACACCAACUAGUACAACUGCCCCUACAACAACACCUGUCAUAACCACAACAAUUCCCUCAACAACACAGGUGACUACAGUAACACCAACUACCACAACAGUCCCCACCAAAGCUACAUCAACACCUAUUAUCACCACAACAAUCCCCUCAACAGUACAGACUACUACAGUAACACCAACUAGUACAACUGCUCCUACAACAACACCCAUCAUGACCACAACAACUCCGUCAACAACACAGGUGACGACAGUAACACCAACUACCACAACAGUCCCCACCACAGCUACAUCAACACCUAUUAUCACCACAACAAUCCCCUCAACAGUAGAGACUACUACAGUAACACCAACUAGUACAACUGCUCCUACAACAACACCCAUCAUGACCACAACAACUCCGUCAACAACACAGGUGACGACAGUAACACCAACUACCACAACAGUCCCCACCACAGCUACAUCAACACCUGUUACCACCACAACAAUACACACUACUACAGUAACACCAACUAGUACAACUGCCCCUACAACAACACCUGUCAUAGCCACAACAACCCUCUCAACAACACCUAUUAUCACCACAACAAUCCCCUCAACAAUAGAGACAACUACAGUAACACCAACUAGUACAACUGCUCCUACAACAACACCCGUCAUAACAACAACAACUCCCUCAAGAACACAGGUGACAACAGUAACACCAACUACCAUAACAGUCCCCACCACAGCUACAACACCUCUUACCACCACAACAAUUCCUUCAACACCACAGGUGACUACAGUAACACCAACCACCACAACAGUCCCCACCACAGCUACAUCAACACCUAGUAUCACCACAACAAUCCCCUCAACAAUAGAGACUACUACAGUAACACCAACUAGUACACCUGCCCCUACAACAACACCUGUCAUAACCACAACAACUCCCUCAACAACAGCACAGGUGACUACGGUAACACCAACUACCACAACAAUCCCCACUACAGCUAUAUCAACACCUGUUUCUGCCACGACAAUACACACUACUACAGUCACACCAACUAGUACAACUGCCCCUACAACAACACCUGUCAUAGCCACAACAACCCCCUCAACAACACCUAUUAUCAGCACAACAAUCCCCUCAACAAUAGAGACAACUACAGUAACACCAACUAGUACAACUGCUCCUACAACAACACCCGUCAUAGCCACAACAACUCCCUCAAGAACACAGGUGACGACAGUAACACCAACUACCAUAACAAUCCCUACCACAGCUACAACACCUCUUACCACCACAACAAUUCCCUCAACAACACAGGUGACUACAUUAACACCAACCACCACAACAGUCCCCACCACAGCUACAUCAACACCUAGUAUCUCCACAACAAUCCCCUCAACAAUAGAGACUACUACGGUAACACCAACUAGUACAACUGCCCCUACAACAACACCUGUCAUAACCACAACAAUUCCCUCAACAACACAGGUGACUACAGUAACACCAACUACCACAACAGUCCCCACCAAAGCUACAUCAACACCUAUUAUCACCACAACAAUCCCCUCAACAGUACAGACUACUACAGUAACACCAACUAGUACAACUGCUCCUACAACAACACCCAUCAUGACCACAACAACUCCGUCAACAACACAGGUGACGACAGUAACACCAACUACCACAACAGUCCCCACCACAGCUACAUCAACACCUAUUAUCACCACAACAAUCCCCUCAACAGUAGAGACUACUACAGUAACACCAACUAGUACAACUGCUCCUACAACAACACCCAUCAUGACCACAACAACUCCGUCAACAACACAGGUGACGACAGUAACACCAACUACCACAACAGUCCCCACCACAGCUACAUCAACACCUAUUAUCACCACAACAAUCCCCUCAACAGUAGAGACUACUACAGUAACACCAACUAGUACAACUGCUCCUACAACAACACCCAUCAUGACCACAACAACUCCGUCAACAACACAGGUGACGACAGUAACACCAACUACCACAACAGUCCCCACCACAGCUACAUCAACACCUGUUACCACCACAACAAUACACACUACUACAGUAACACCAACUAGUACAACUGCCCCUACAACAACACCUGUCAUAGCCACAACAACCCUCUCAACAACACCUAUUAUCACCACAACAAUCCCCUCAACAAUAGAGACAACUACAGUAACACCAACUAGUACAACUGCUCCUACAACAACACCCGUCAUAACAACAACAACUCCCUCAAGAACACAGGUGACAACAGUAACACCAACUACCACAACAGUCCCCACCACAGCUACAUCAACACCUGUUACUUCCACAACAAUACAGACUACUACAGUAACACCAACUAGUACAACUGUCCCUACAACAACACCUAUCAUAACCACAAUUCCCUCAACAACACAGGUGACUACAGUAACACCAACUACUACAACAGUCCCCACCACAGCUACAACACCUCUUACCACCACAACAAUUCCCUCAACAACACAGGUGACUACAGUAACACCAACCACCACAGCUACAUCAACACCUAGUAUCACCACAACAAUCCCCUCAACAACACAGACUUCUACAGUAACACCUACAAGUACAACUGCCCCUACAACAACACCCAUCAUAACCACAACAACUCCCUCAACAACACAGGUGACGACAGUAACACCAACUACCACAACAAUCCCCACCACAGCUACAUCAACACCUGUUACCACCACAACAAUACAGACUACUACAGUAACACCAACUAGUACAACUGCCCUUACAACAACACCUGUCAUAGCCACAACAACCCCCUCAACAACACCUAUUAUCACCACAACAAUCCCCUCAACAAUAGAGACUACUACAGUAACACCAACUAGUACAACUGCUCCUACAACAACACCCGUCAUAACCACAACAACUCCCCCAACAACACAGGCGACGACAGUAACACCAACUACCACAACAGUCCCCACCACAGCUACAUCAACACCUAUUAUCGCCACAACAAUCCCCUCAACAAUAGAGACUACUACAGUAACACCAACUAGUACAACUGCUCCUACAACACCCAUCAUAACCACAACAACUCCCUCAACAACACCAACUACCACAACAGUCCCCACCACAGCUGCAACAACACCUGCUACCACAAAAACAAUUUCCUCAACAACACAGACUACUACAGUAGCCCCUACAAUAACACCUGUUGCCACAACAUCAACUCUCUCAACAACACAGGUAUCUACUGUCACACUUUCCACUACAGGCCCUUCAAUAACUACAACAAUUCCUGUUACUACCACACCUACAACCCCCUCAACAACACAGGCAGCUACUGUAACACCAACCACAACAGCAGUUACAAUACAACCCACUACAACAAAAUCAACUCCCCUAUUUACAACACAAGAAACCACAACAAUUACUACUACAGCAUCUACCACAACACCUGAAACAUCUGCACAAGUCACAACUACUACAGAAGCUACUACCACAGUCGAGCCUAUAGUAACAAACAUUAUAGUCAGUAUUGAAGAUGAUUCUCCUUAUUAUUAUCCUUUUUAUCUUGAUUAAAGAUAAAUGUCCAUAACUUAUAAAUGACCCAAACCUGUAGUUCCUAAAUUUUAAGUAGUGGGAAGAUCUUCUUUAUCAAGAAGCAUUUUCUACAGACGCUGGCCAUCUACAACACUCACUACACUUAUGCUAUUACCUGGUGGAUUCGGUAGCACCCUUGUAUGCAAAGUAAUUGGCAACUGACCAUAAAGAGAGGCCAAAAGAAAGUGUUUAACAACUUUAAUGAACAGUAAUGAAAAAACGAAGAAAGGAGAAUGAUAUUUUUUUUAGUAAAGUGGGGAGGGAUUAUUCAUCUAAGCUUUAUAGAUAAAAGCUAAAAGCUGAUUGGUUACCAUACGCAGCUGCUCCAGAUUCUGCCUGCUCCUGCUGUCUUUAUUGCUGCAUAUUUUCCCCUGAGAACAAUCUCACAUGCGUAGUCAACAGAACAGGAAGUGAGAGAAACAUUAGAUGCAACUAUAUUAACAUUUUUGUCAGUAUGCAAUAGUGGUUAUCAUGUUAAGGUUUACCUGAAAAUAUUUUUAUGUCCCUUUUACAUUUUGUAUAUAAGUGAUGUUCUGUAUUUUAUGUAUGUAUUUUAUAUGCGGAUGUAAGUCUGCUCUUCAGUGGUUAUCUGUAUGUUAGACAUUGUAGUCACCACCCUUGUAGAACAACCACUAAAAAAUAUCAAAAACACAAAGAAAGUGUAGUUUUGAUCGAGGAUGCUCUCCAGCACCCACACACCUGUCAAACUGGGACAACCGGCUGUGUCUGUGCACCCUUUGCAUCCCCAUACACUUGCACAGGUUGACUACAUGCAGCACAUGGCAUCAGUGUCCCUGUGAAUAACGCCCCAAAGGUUUUCUCCAGCCAAAAUGUUUUUAUGUGUAGCAUUCCCCCCGUAGGAGCUGCUGGUUUAGAUUUUGGGUUUGCACGUUACCUUUAUGGCUUCGUUGUCAGGGUGGGAAAGUCCAUAAGAAAUGCAACGUCCAGA